AAACAAUAUCUUUAUUCUCUUUUCUUUCUCUAAAAAACAUUUCAUUUUCCCUUCAAUUUUCCGAUCAAAUGGCGCCGAAAGUAGCAGAGAAGAAACCGGCAGAGAAGAAACCGGCAGAAAAGAAACCCGCUGAAGAAAAGAAAGCUGAGAAAGCACCAGCAGCAAAGAAACCCAGAGCCGAGAAGAAAUUACCAAGCAAAGAUGCUUCAUCAACAGAUAAGAAGAAGAAGAAAUCGAAGAAAUCAGUUGAAACUUACAAGAUCUACAUCUUCAAAGUUCUGAAACAAGUUCAUCCUGAUAUUGGUAUUUCAAGUAAAGCUAUGGGUAUCAUGAACAGUUUCAUUAAUGAUAUCUUUGAGAAACUUGCUGCUGAAUCGUCCAGAUUGGCAAGGUACAACAAGAAGCCAACUAUCACUUCUCGAGAGAUCCAGACUGCUGUUCGUCUUGUUCUUCCUGGUGAAUUGGCUAAACAUGCUGUUUCUGAGGGUACCAAAGCUGUUACCAAAUUCACUAGUUCUUAAUUGCUGUUUCUGCUAUUUAGGUUUUGUCUUAGUGGUUUCGAUUUGGGAAUUAUGAUUUCACAUGUGUAAUUAGUAGUCUUAUCAAUCUUCGGAGUAAUGUAAUCAAUUUCAAAUCCAACAUCUUGUUCGUGUCUUAAAUUUUGGAAAUGAAUCAAUUGAAACCCAUUUUGAAAUCUGGAAUUGUUAAUUUA